UCAAGUCCCGCGGCGCGUCGGCGGGAGCGGGCGGAGCGGAGGGUGGCUGGGACUCGUGGUGUGGCCUUAAGCGCGCAGUGACCGGAGUACCAUGCCCACCAACUUCACCGUAGUGCCCGUGGAGGCGCGGGCGGACGGCGACCAGGACGAGGCGGCAGAGCUGAGUGAGGCGCCGGGCGCUCCCGAGGGCCACGAGCCCGGUAGCCCGAGCCCGGCAGGAGAUGGACACUCGAGAGAGAACAGCCCCAUCGUUAACAAUGGCGACAUGGAGAGAGAGAGUUUCUUCGAAGGAAAGAACAUGGCACUUUUUGAGGAGGAGAUGGACAGUAACCCCAUGGUGUCCUCACUCCUCAACAAGCUGGCCAACUACACCAACCUGAGCCAGGGCGUGGUGGAGCAUGAGGAGGAUGAAGAGAGCCGGAGGCGUGAGGUCAAGAGCCCGGGCAUGGGCACCUUCAUCGGCGUCUACCUGCCCUGCCUGCAGAAUAUCCUCGGCGUGAUCCUCUUCCUGCGCCUGACGUGGAUCGUGGGCGUGGCUGGCGUCCUGGAGUCCUUCCUCAUCGUGUUCAUGUGUUGCACCUGUACGAUGCUGACUGCCAUCUCGAUGAGUGCGAUUGCCACCAAUGGCGUGGUCCCAGCUGGUGGCUCGUAUUACAUGAUAUCGAGGUCCCUAGGGCCAGAGUUUGGAGGGGCUGUGGGCCUCUGCUUCUAUCUGGGAACAACCUUUGCAGGGGCCAUGUAUAUUCUGGGGACCAUUGAGAUUUUUCUGACCUACAUCUCCCCUGGUGCAGCCAUCAUCCACCCCAAGUCGGAGGGUGAUGAGGCCAUGGCCCUGCUGAACAACAUGCGAGUGUAUGGGACAUGCACCCUGGUCCUCAUGGCCAUGGUGGUCUUCGUGGGUGUCAAGUAUGUCAACAAGCUGGCCCUGGUGUUCCUGGCCUGCGUGGUGCUGUCCAUCCUUGCCAUCUACGCUGGCGUCAUCAAGUCUGCCUUUGACCCGCCAGACAUCCCGGUCUGCCUGCUGGGGAACCGCACGUUAUCGAGACGCAGCUUUGACGUCUGUGCCAAAGUCCACACCACCAACAAUGGCACGGGGACCACCACGCUCUGGGGCCUCUUCUGCAACGGCUCCUCGCCCAGCGCCUCCUGCGACGAGUACUUUGCCCAGAACAACCUCACAGAGAUUCAGGGCAUCCCCGGCGUGGCCAGCGGCGUCCUCCUGGACAACCUGUGGAGUGCAUACGCGGACAAAGGGGUGUUUGUGGAGAAGAAGGGCACGCCCUCAGUGCCCGUGGCGGAGGAGAGCAGGUCCAGCGGCCUGCCCUACGUCCUCACCGACAUCGUGACCUACUUCACCAUGCUGGUCGGCAUCUACUUCCCCUCCGUGACGGGCAUCAUGGCAGGCUCGAACCGGUCUGGGGACCUCAGGGAUGCCCAGAAGUCGAUCCCCACAGGGACCAUCCUGGCCAUUGUGACCACAUCUUUCAUUUACCUGUCCUGCAUCGUGCUCUUUGGGGCCUGCAUCGAAGGCGUGAUCUUACGAGAUAAGUUUGGGGAGGCCCUGCAGGGGAACCUGGUCAUCGGCAUGCUGGCCUGGCCGUCCCCCUGGGUUAUCGUCAUUGGCUCCUUCUUCUCCACCUGCGGCGCCGGCCUGCAGAGCCUGACGGGGGCACCGCGCCUGCUGCAGGCCAUCGCCCGAGACGGCAUCAUCCCCUUCCUCCAGGUGUUUGGCCACGGGAAGGCCAACGGGGAGCCCACGUGGGCCCUGCUGCUCACCGCCUUCAUCUGUGAGACCGGCAUCCUCAUCGCUUCCCUGGACAGUGUGGCACCCAUCCUCUCCAUGUUCUUCCUCAUGUGCUACAUGUUUGUGAACCUGGCCUGCGCCGUGCAGACCCUGCUGCGCACCCCCAACUGGCGCCCGCGCUUCAGAUACUACCACUGGACACUGUCCUUCCUGGGCAUGAGCCUGUGCCUGGCGCUGAUGUUCAUCUGCUCCUGGUACUACGCCCUGUUCGCCAUGCUCAUCGCCGGCUGCAUCUACAAGUACAUCGAGUACCGUGGGGCCGAGAAGGAAUGGGGCGAUGGCAUCAGGGGGCUGUCGCUGAACGCUGCCCGCUACGCCCUGCUGCGCGUAGAACAUGGCCCGCCCCACACCAAGAACUGGAGGCCCCAGGUGCUGGUGAUGUUGAACCUGGAUUCGGAGCAGUGUGUGAAGCACCCCCGCCUGCUGUCCUUCACUACACAGCUCAAGGCUGGCAAGGGCCUGACCAUCGUGGGCUCUGUGCUGGAGGGGACCUACCUGGACAAGCACACGGAGGCCCAGCUGGCUGAGGAGAACAUCCGGUCCCUGAUGAGUGCCGAGAAGACCAAAGGCUUCUGCCAGCUGGUGGUGUCCUCCAACCUGCGGGAUGGCAUGUCCCACCUGAUCCAGUCGGCCGGCCUGGGGGGCAUGAAGCACAACACGGUGCUCAUGGCCUGGCCCGAGUCCUGGAAGGAAGAGGACAACCCCUUCUCCUGGAAGAACUUCGUUGACACUGUGCGCGAUACCACGGCGGCCCAGCAGGCCCUGCUGGUGGCCAAGAACGUGGACCUGUUCCCACAAAACCAGGAACGCUUCAGUGACGGCCACAUCGACGUGUGGUGGAUCGUGCACGAUGGUGGCCUGCUGAUGCUGCUGCCUUUCCUGCUGCGGCAGCACAAGGUGUGGAGGAAGUGCCGCAUGCGCAUCUUCACGGUGGCCCAGGUGGAUGACAACAGCAUCCAGAUGAAGAAGGACCUGCAGACGUUCCUGUACCACCUCAGGAUCAGCGCGGAGGUGGAGGUGGUGGAGAUGGUGGAGAACGACAUCUCCGCAUUCACCUAUGAGAAGACGCUGGUCAUGGAGCAGAGGAGCCAGAUGCUGAAGCAGAUGCAGCUGUCCAAGACGGAGCGGGAGAGGGAGGCCCAGCUAAUUCACGACAGGAACACUGCCUCCCACUCUGCGGUGGCUGCCAGGUCUCAAGCCCCGCCCACACCGGACAAGGUGCAGAUGACCUGGACAAAGGAGAAGCUGAUUGCCGAGAAGUAUAAGAACAAAGAUAACACUGUGUCCGGGUUCAAAGACCUCUUUAGCCUGAAGCCAGAAUGGGGAAACCUGAACCAGUCCAACGUCAGGAGGAUGCACACGGCGGUGAAGCUCAACGGUGUCGUCCUGAAUAAGUCCCAGGAUGCCCAGCUGGUCCUGCUGAACAUGCCAGGGCCCCCCAGAAACCGGCAGGGGGACGAGAACUAUAUGGAGUUCCUUGAGGUCCUGACUGAGGGGCUAAACAGGGUCCUGCUGGUCAGGGGCAGUGGCCGAGAGGUGAUCACCAUCUACUCCUAACAUCUGGCCGCUCUGGAAGCACGCUGGGCAGACCUGGGGAUGGUGCUGCACACACAGGCCAGUGGCCUGAUUUGCCAGCGUGGCUUCCUACGGAAGUUUCUAGAACACCACUGGGCUCUCCUGUCUAGGCUGAGAACCAGCGCAUGACUGAAAGGUCUCCUCGAGUCGAGGAGAUGACACACCCUCGGUGUUCUGUGUGCUCCCGAGGGAGGCUUCUAGUGCCCGGGGUACAGCUGUCCCUCCCGUGGGGCCAUGUGCUCUGCCUCCGGAUUCUGGAAUUAAUUCCCCUUGGCUGCGCCUGCUGGGUCUGUUGUGGCGGUCGCAUUGUAGUUCUUCCCCACCCAGGACAUUCACAAGAAGCCACAUGCGGACUGAGGUUGGCCUUUGGGCCAUUAGGAUCCAUUUAUAAUGGUGAAAGGUCAGCCUGUGGCUAAGAGCUCAGUACAUGUUCAUUAGUCCCUGAUCUCUCUGUCCUUUGAAUAUCCUUGUUUAUGCUUCCGUACAGGCAGGGAGGCCAGCUGACCACUCCCACUUCCCCGGGCUCAGCCAGUUGGCCUCAGUCAGGUACCCGCCUUGUUGGGGACAACUGGUAAGGGAACCUAGUCGUUGGGGAGCACAGAGUGGCCAUCCAGCUGGGUUUGUGCUCCAGGAAGCUCUUGAGGGAAAGAAACCCCAGUGGAGGAGCCCCCUGAGCCCAGGUGUGUCUGGGGACUCCAGGCUUUCAUAAGUGCUGGUGGGCCCAGCCCAGCGGGCACCUCGUUUCUGAGACGCAGAAACGGUGAAUGCCGAGAGCUCACACCUUCGGGCCCACAGGCACACCACACAGUUCAGCUUCUGACGUGCACUCGCUCCUUGCACCUCCACGUCCACACCUCACACCCUGGGGCGGGGCGCCGAGGAAGCCUGUGCCCCUGCCCUGCACGGAGGGGAUGGCGACAGCCCCUUCCAGUGAUCUGUAGACUUUGCACUUUACCUUGUGGUCUUUCUGCUUGGGGUCACGAUCAUGCUCACGGUAGUAGAUGCUGCAGUAGCUUCUGCCUCACUUACUGUGUGGCUUAUUUAUUUGUUCCAACACCCGGGCAUUUCAAUGCCAAUCGUCCACAAAGAGAUUGUGUCUGUGAAACAGGCCCAAAGGACCAGGCCCUCAGCUUUCUCACGCUUCCAUUCGCUCCCAAGGGAAUUGGCCCGGGCUGCGGAUUUCGUGCUAGGGUGAAGGCUAAGCAUGCAUUUCCAGACAUUUCUGAGGAGCCAUCAGGCAGCCGAGAGGGCCUGCAUCGCCAUCAGAAGGACCACUGGCCAGAGCAUGUGCCAAAUAGCCACAGCCGGGCUGGGGGUGGAGUGUGCAGACUUCUGCCGACCCUGGUUCAGCACUGAGUUGAGAGAGACCCGCCUCACUCCUGGCUGCGUGGUGAGGAUCCGAGUGUCUGCCCCGCCUCCCGUUUGCAGUCUCUGAGCACCUCAUAGCCUCUCCGCACUGAGCUUUAUGUAUCUUUAACGGCAGUCAGUACAAGUGGAUACUGUUUUCCUUUUAUAGGUUCCUUGUCUUUGUAUGAUUUUUGUUAGAAGAAUAAUAAAAUUCAAUGAAAUCUA